CCAAUUUGCUCCAAAAGGCUUUCAGCAUCUCUAUGGUUCCAUUCCAUCGGAAAUUGGACAAAUCGGAGAAUUGGAAAGCAUAAAACUCGGUAAGUAUGGCCCACAAUCUGCGGCGAGUAACCACUGCUGAUACCGACGAAAGGCAUAAUUUGAUAUGCGCAAACUUAUCCAGAUCGAAUGUACUUCGGAAACAAUCCUACUCACGGUUUUCCGAAAUUUGGAUAGACCAAAACUUUCUCACAGGCACCAUUCCCACCGAAAUAGGGUUGUUGACGAAUUUAGAAAUGAUUUCACUGGGUAAGUGGUUUUCAUGACUGAAUGAAAAUCUUCUAGCUCCGGGGCGUUUUCGUGGAUGCGAUCAAACCAUCAUUUUGUCGUUUUCUCACUCCAUAUUGCCUUUUUUGCGAAGCAAACAACUGGCAUCCCGAGAAUCCUGGAAUCAGCGGUUCAUUACCAAGCGAAAUCAUGGGCCUAUCAUCCUUGAACGCUAUGUUCCUGCGUAAGUGCCUUUCUUUCAUGCGAGUGGUUGUGGAGAAUUUCGAUUGAGAAUUAUUUGUUCACCAAUUAUGACCUCCUUUUGUGAUUGAAGAGGCGAAUGGAAUCACCGGUUCGCUACCAGUUGAUUUUGGUAGGCUCUCUUCUUUGAAGACAUUCGUCGCGGGUAAGUGGUUUUGAACUCGCGAUCGCUUCGUAAACAAUCAACGCUUCUCUAGGCCUCACUCCGCAUCAUCCGUUCCAUUCMAUCACAACAGUUAGAAAUCGUCUGACGGGAAGGAUUCCAUCGUCCUUAGCGCUGAUACCAGAUUUGGGUACAUUUAUUGCAGGCAAGUAUGGAGUUCGAUUCGCUUGAUUGUCGUGGAGAUAGCAGUUUCGAUUGUUCGAUGUUUUCACUCACUUUCCAUUCGAACGACUUUGUUCAGCCUAUAACUUCUUAACGGGCACUAUUCCUAGCGAACUAGGUCUCAUCAAAACUGGAAUAAACAGAACUCUGUUGAUAAGUAAGUGCCCUAGUUCUUUCUCCCCAAGAUCUGCUGUCCAUUCGGUUGGCUUUUGGGUUGGAUUUUGGUAGGCUUCGUCGAUUGUACUCUAAAGGCUCCCGUUGCGCACGGAAAUGUUUUGCUUUGUCGUAGACCUACAGUUCAAUACUCU